AUUCAAUCAAUUCUUGUAUCGACAUUGUUAAUCCCAUCUUCCAUCCUUCAAGAAUUAGAUCUUCGGUAAGAUUUUAAACUCUUUUAGCGAGAUGAAGGCGUUAUACCGGAAGCAUGGAAGCGGUGUAAAGGAUGAUUUCUAUGGUCAUAGGGUAACACUUGGAAGCUGGUGAAAUGUUUCUCCUAGUUUCUUAUAAUAAGUCAAAUGGCGCCACUAGCUAUUCUUCAUGACUACUACCUCAUCCAAGUUCAAACCCAAUUCUUAUCAUACAAAUCAUUCUCUACAGUAUGCCUGAACAGUGCAAAUUCCCAAGCGGAAGUAGUUCUAAUUCUUGCGAUCAAUGUUUCCGAACGAAGCAGAGUUGCUCCAAACAUCCACUUCAAUGUCAGAGAUGCGCUGAACUAGAAAGCUCUUGUACAUAUAGCUUUGGAAAGUUCAUGGGAAGACCCAAGAGGAACUUCAAGAGUCGUCGGCAGUUACAGAAUGAGACAAAAAGCGGUCCUGAUCAGCUGGAUACUUUGACCAAUGAUGAUCACUCAAACAUCGCAUUGGAAGGCCCUGAAAGGAUGCAAAAUUUGACCAUCUUACCAGCUUCAAUGACAUCAGAUGGCAAGUUCAAUUCUCUUGAAACAGAAGUGGAAUCUUCAGACUGGUGGCAGUACUCUCGUGAAGACAAAGAAACUAUCAAUUAUCCUUUCAGUGUGGAUGAUGUUGAAAAUUCUUCCGCAAAGCGAGAUCGAUCUCAGCAAACAGCACCCAAAAAGGCCACAAAGACUUCCGCGUGUGAUCAAUGCUAUCGAUUCAAAGUCAAAUGUACAAGGGAGCCAGAUUGCUGUCAAAGAUGUAGUUUAAGUGGUAACUCAUGCACCUACAGUGCUGCCAUUGACCUAGAGCGUUCUCGAAAAAGAUCAGCUCCACCAUCAACAGAGGCACCUAAAAAGAAAAUGUCAUUCUCGUCACAGACCAAGCCAGUUCAAACCAUGGAUGACGUUGGCUCAAGUUCUAUCACAGCAGACUCGAAUUGCAACGAGAUCGAGAAUUUCUGCCCAAAAGAUUUAGUUACUAUGCAACCACAAUCCAAACAACAGAAGCAUUAUAGAUCAGUCUCUGCGCCUGAAAUCCCUAGUUCUUGUCAACCAAUCUCGGCUCUACAUGAACCGACUCAUGUCAUAGAUGAGUGUGAUAUUUCUUUUCACGAGUCUUCUCACUAUUAUAGUGAUAGUCUUCUCAGUAUGCCACCCCUGGACAUAUUUUUUGACAACGAAAAUCCUGCGCAUGAUAUUAACUUUAAUAUCGGCGGGGAUGAAAGUCACGAGCAAUCACACGGAGAUGAAGUACCUGCUAAACAGAACAACCUUGAUCAUAUUUUGGUGGAUAGAAUUUCAGGCGGUUGUAACUGCCUUCAAUCUGCACUUUUGAGUCUCUCAAACUUGCAUGCUGUCGUCUGCGGUAAUAAUCAUUCAUCGUUAGAUGGCAUAUUUGCUGCAGCACGAAAUGGUCUAUUCAUUUGUGAAACUCUGGCCCUAGCUCAGUGCUCUUCUUGCGAGCUCAGUUCAACUUCAACAUUGUUGAUGCUUUGCGUGGCAAUUUUACAGCAAGUAUACAAUGCUUACGAAUUACUUGCCAACCCUGCCGGCCUAUCCACGGAGGGCUUGCACGCAGCUGACAAGAAAAUGACAUUGAGCAUUAAGAUUGGAGACAUGGAGUUCACUGAUAUUGGACAUAAUCCAAGCAUUUUGAACGCCAUUCUCAAGACGGAGAAGGCAAAAGCGGAAAGGAUCUGUGUGGAGCUAGAGAAAACGGUCACCAAUGCUCAAAGUAGGGAUGCUACUGGGGCAGGAAAAGAGGAAACUAUGGUGCGCGAUGGAUUGGUUAGCUUGAUUGAGAUUUUCCGUGGGCGCUUCAUCACUGAAGUGGCUUAAAAUCAACAAUAAGAUAGUGAUUCUUGAAUUGAUUAUCCUUUUGCA